CACUGGAGUGGAGAACCACACGAACAGAGCCAGACAGGGAGGCCGGCAGAGGUUCCUGCAGAGGGAGCGUCCAGGCCCCGUGCUUCUCUCCCUGGGAGCCGGCAGGGUCGCCCAGCAUGCCCACUGGCAAGAGAGGGGACUGACCCACUUGCUCCCAUCAGCUUCUGAAGCUCCAAAGUCCAGAGGUGCAGAGAACCAGGCCCAAGAGCGUGCUGCUCACCAGGGAUGGAUGAGUUGCCAACGAUGUGGUGCAUUGUGCUGUUUUCCCUUUUGGCAUGGGUGUAUGCUGAGCCUACCAUGUAUGGGGAGAUCCUGUCCCCUAACUAUCCUCAGGCAUACCCCAAUGACAUAGAGAAAUCUUGGGAUAUAGAAGUUCCUGAAGGGUACGGGAUCCAUCUCUACUUCACCCACCUGGACAUAGAGCUGUCAGAGAACUGCGCAUAUGACUCAGUGCAGAUAAUGUCAGGAGGCCUCCAAGAAGGGAAGAUCUGUGGACGGAGGACCAGCAAGAAUCCCAGUUCCCAAAUUGUGGAAGAGUUCCAAGUCCUGAACAAUAAAGUCCAGGUGAUCUUUACGUCCGACUUCUCCAAUGAAGAGCGUUUCACUGGGUUUGCUGCGUACUAUGUCGCUGUAGAUGUAAAUGAGUGCACAGACUUUGCAGAUGUCCCUUGUAGCCACUUCUGCAACAACUUCAUUGGUGGUUACUUCUGCUCCUGCCCACCCGAAUACUUCCUCCAUGAUGAUAUGAGAAAUUGUGGAGUCAAUUGCAGUGGGGAUGUAUUCACUGAACUGAUUGGGGAGAUCACGAGUCCCAAUUAUCCCAGUCUGUACCCAGAGAACUCAAGGUGUGAAUAUCAGAUCGUGUUGGAGGAGGGUUUCCAAGUGGUGGUGACCGUUCGGAGAGAAGAUUUUGACGUGGAAUCUGAUUCGGAGGGCAACUGCGCUGACAGUUUAAUUUUUGUUACAAGAGACCAGUUUGGUCCUUACUGUGGAAAUGGAUUCCCUGGGCCACAGAUUGAAACCAACAGUAAUGUUCUUGACAUCAUCUUCCAAACAGACCAAACAGGGCAAAAAAAGGGCUGGAAACUUCGUUAUCAUGGAGAUCCAAUCCCCUGUCCUAAAGAAAUUGCUGCCAAUUCUUUUUGGGAGCCCGAGAAGGAAAAAUACGUGUACAAAGAUGUGGUGAAGAUAACCUGUCAGGAAGGGUUUGAAGUUGUACAGGAAAGAGCUGGCUUGCCAUAUUUCUACUACUGUCAAAGCAAUGGAAAGUGGAGUAAUUCCAGACUGGUUUGUGAACCUGUGGACUGUGGCUCCCCUGACCCCAUUCAGAAUGGCAAAGUCGAAGAACCAGAAGAUACUGCAUUUGGUGCUGUUGUUCACUACACUUGUAAUGAGCCGUAUUAUUACCUGCAAACUGAAGAAAGCGGGGAGUACCACUGCGCUGCGAACGGGAGCUGGGUCAAUGAGCUGCUGGGCACAGAGCUGCCAAAGUGUGUCCCAGUGUGUGGCAUCCCCACUGAGAUGUUUGAAGGAACACAGAGGAUAUUUGGAGGAAAAGCGGCAAAGAUUGAAAAUUUCCCCUGGCAAGUCUUCUUUGCAAGCCCGAGGGCUGGCGGGGCCCUCAUUGAUGAGCGCUGGGUGCUGACAGCCGCCCACGUUGUGGAGAAGGAGAGGAACCCAACAAUGCAUGUUGGGUCUACCCUUGUGAUCCGUGACCGACUGAAAAAUGCCCAGGAGCUCACUGCUGAGCGUGUGUUUUUUCAUCCGGGUUGGGAAUUCAUGGAGGACCCAGACACACGAAAGAAUUUUGACAAUGACAUUGCAUUGGUACAGCUUAAAGACCCAGUGAAACUGGGACCCAAGGUCUCCCUUAUCUGCCUGCCAGGCAAAUCCUCCAACUACAGCCUCUCCAAGGGGUCCCUGGGUCUGAUCUCAGGCUGGGGCAAAACAGAGGAUAAAAAUCAUGUAGUACAUCUCAGAGGGGCAAUGAUACCUGUUGCUACCUUACGAGAGUGCCAGCAGGUAAAGCCCAAAAACCGAAAUGUGAAUGUAAAUAGCUAUGUUUUCACUGACAACAUGAUCUGUGCUGGAGGCAACGGAGGCAUUGAUAGCUGUGAGGGGGACAGUGGUGGACCCCUUGCUGUAAAGAUCUCCGACGAAGGGAAACCCAAAUUCUACGUAGCUGGCUUGGUAUCCUGGGGCCCCGAAUGUGGGACCUAUGGGAUUUACACUCGAGUGCAGAACUAUAUUGACUGGAUAAUGAAGACUAUGCAGGAAAAUAGUAUCCCAAGUAUAAACUAAUCCACACAUGUUCCACCAGCCUCUCCAAGGGCUGGGACCAAUCUGUUGCUUUCUGUUCCUCACAAUAUUCUCAUUGUUUCACCAUGACUGAGGGAAGACAUAGGAGUGUGACUUAACUGGAGCUUGGGUGCUGGGAUACACGGCUGGAGGUAGCGUUCAGUGAUGACAUCCUGUCGGUUGUUCGGUGCAGUGUGAAUCGGUGGAAAACAGCAUGGGGAGGGCACUGCCGGGCUGCACCGUCCCACAGGGAGGCUGCUCUCUCCAUGACUGCCUGGUGUUCCAGCCCCGGCUCUGAAAAUUACUGUGGGCACACCCUUGAUUUUUCGUUUGCCUUUUAUCUGUUCAGUGUUCCGCUUACUUUAUCAUCCUCAGUGUCUACUAUCUACUUGUAAUAAAGCAGAUUUGUAAUCCA